AUGGGUCACAAGAAAGCAGUUGCAGACGAUCUUCUGGCCGACAUCCCCGACACUGUCAACGCUCAACCUUCUCAAUCCCAGUCUCAACCAAAGCCAAAGUCCAAAAGACUGAAGAAGGCCCAACCUAAGGCAACAGUGACUCAGAUUAACACUGAGGACACCUUGCCGAUAUCAAAAUUGGCCGAGGCGAUCGAGCAUAGCCACUCCUUCGUGAUGCAAGCCUUUGCCAUCAAGAAAGAGUUGGCCAACAAGACUAGGGAGGCUGCAAACUUGUCUAAGUCCCUCAGCAAGGCCGAGGGCAAAAUGAAGACCUUUACAGAGCAGGCUGAGGCAGCCAAGAAGGCUCAGGACGAGGCCGAGGAAAAGGCUGAUGCUGCGGAGGCCAUUGCCAAGGUCCUUACUGCCGAAAAGAAAGAGGCCGAGGCAAAGAUGGUCGAGGCCCAAAAAAAGCUUCAAGAUGCCCUGGCCACAAAAGAGUCCGAGAUCAAGGCGAUAGAUGAGAAGGCGUAUGUCGAGGGGGCGGCCGACGUCAAAGAAGAUUACAAAAAAUAA